AUGGGGAAUUCUCAGGGCAAGCCUGUGGUCUUGACCGAUGAAGUCAACCUCAACCAUUUCCGUCUGCUGAGGGUAGUGGGCAAAGGCGCCUUCGGCAAGGUUCGCAUUGUAGAACGCAAAGAUUCGGGCUUGACGUUUGCCCUUAAAUACAUCCGCAAGGAUGAAGUGGUUCGCUCCGAAAGCGUUCGCAAUAUCAUCAGAGAACGGCGCAUGCUGGAGCAUCUGAACCACCCCUUCUUGUGCAAUCUGCGCUACAGCUUUCAAGAUGUCGAGUACUUGUAUCUUGUGGUCGACCUGAUGAACGGUGGCGAUCUUCGCUUCCACAUCCAACGAAAGUCCUUCACCGAGGACACGAUUCGCUUCUGGAUGGCCGAGCUAGCUUGUGCCCUCCGCUAUAUCCAUAGUCAAGGCAUCGUGCAUCGCGACCUCAAACCGGACAAUGUGCUGCUAGACUCGGAGGGUCACGUCCAUCUGGCAGAUUUCAACGUUGCCUCCGACUUCAAGCCUGGCAAGCCUCUGACGAGCAAGUCAGGGACCUUGGCUUAUCUCGCGCCUGAGGUGUUCCGAGGCGUAGGGUAUUACAGUGAAGUGGAUUGGUGGUCAUUGGGUGUAACCAUGUACGAAUGUGUUUAUGGGAAGCGGCCCUUUGAGGGACGCACCCACGAAGAAUUGGUCGACUCCAUCUUGGCCGCCAACCCGCGCUACUUUGUGACGAAGCCCCCGGUGUCGAUGCCAUGCCUUCAUGCGAUGACAGCUUUGAUCGAGAAAGACCGACGAAAACGAAUCGGCGCCACUGGAUUCGACACCUUCACCUCACAUCCCUUUUUCAGUUCCAUCAACUUUGAGGCGCUGGAGAGAAAACAAAUCCCCCCCGUGUUUAUUCCUUCCAGUGAGAAGACGAACUUUGAUGCCACCUACGACCUGGAGGAAUUGUUGUUGGAAGAGGCGCCAUUGGAGGCUCGAGCGAGGAAACAGAAGCCGCGGGCAGAGUUGCGCACCGAUGCAACGAGCAAGGAAAUUCGGGAGGAUGAGCUUCACCGCAUGAUCGAGACCAUGUUUGAGCCUUUCGACUAUACCCUGGCCAGUUAUGAUGUGAGCGCUGCCGCAGCAGUUGCUGGGGUCGUGCCGGAAGAGCACGUUGAACUGGACAUGGCGCAACCAGACCCCCAUUCGGUUCCUACGUCGCCGGACGGAUCACCUCCCAUCUCACCUACCGCGGUCACGACGCCUCCACGGACGGAUGAAAACUUUCCACCUUUGGAGGAAUUGAAAGCGGCGGCUGCUCAACCACCGCCCGCGGGACAACCCGGACAGCCUGGACCACCUGGACCACCUGGUCGACCUGCAUCUUCCUCGAAAUCAUUCAGCAGACCGAUUCCUCCUCAACGGCCGAUGCCGGCCCAACGGCAGACAAGCAAAGGGGGUGGAGUUCAGAUGGUGUUGGAUGAGUCGGGAAGUUGGACGAAUUUGGCAGAUCAGACCGCCCCUCACCAGCAAGAUGUCAUCGGCGAGGGCGGGAAACUCGAGAAGAGCGGCAGUAUGCUAGGAUUUCUGAGCAGAAAGAAAGGAAGAGAUCGAAGUCCGAAACCAAAAGAGGCGGGCGUAUUGGGCAAAGCUGGAGCAAGACAUAUCAUUAGCUGA